AAUCCAUUCAGCUGUCAGUGUGAGACAGCAGCACACCGAGUCAGUCCACUCUGAAUGUGCCACUCGUUACAGACGGGCGAUUCCUCAUCUCUCUUUCUCUAUUCAGUAUGGCAAAACAACACGGUGAAGGCGGGGAUAUCAGCAUCUGCGUACAUGGGAGCCUGUUAUAACAGCCAAGUUUAGUUUCCACUAGAGUUCAACACUCUAGAUACACGCUUGUAAAUGCAUAUUGGAAAAUGAAAGCGAAGAGAUCAGAGAUGUGGAGAGCCGCUGUCCUGCUGCUGUUAACCGGCUGCGUGUGCGCGAGUAUGCCCGAGGAGCCGGCGGACAGAGCGACUCCAUCUGACGGCUAUUGCAGCUGGAUAACGCGGGCUCAGCCUCACGGAGCUGGAGGCAGGAGGGAGGGCUUCAGUGAGUUCAGACUGCGAGUGGAAGGAGACCCGGAGCAUUAUCAACCCGGCAGCACUUACCGAGUAACCCUGUAUGCAACCAACCCUGCAUACUUCAGAGGCUUUACCCUUAUCGCUCUGAAGGAAGGGCACAAUGGUGACCAAGAGGAGGAUUAUGCUGGAAAUUUCCAGAUAAUCGAUGAGGAAGACGCACAGUUUAUGACAAACUGCCCUCCAGCAGUGACAGAAAGCACCCCACGAAGGAGGACCAGGAUACAGGUGUUCUGGAUAGCACCCCCAUCAGGCAGUGGCUGUGUACUGUUGAAAGCUAGUAUCGUUCAGAGGAAGAUCAUCUCAUUCCAGGAUGAAGGCUCACUCACGAAGCGGAUGUGUGAGAAAGAGCCACAGUAUGGAGAAACCACAGACAAACCCCUGCUGGACUGCUGUGCCUGUGGAACUGCCAAAUACAGAGUCACCUUCUAUGGGAACUGGUCAGAGAAAUUGCACCCAAAAGACUACCCAAGGAGAGCCAAUCACUGGUCAGCCCUCAUUGGAGCUUCCCAUUCGAAGAACUAUAUAUUGUGGGAGUAUGGAGGUUAUGUCAGUGAAGGAGUCAAACAGGUCGCUGAACUGGGCUCACCGGUCAAGAUGGAGGAGGAGAUCCGUCAGAAGGGUGAUGAGGUCUUGACUGUCAUAAAGAUGAAGGCCCAAUGGCCAGCCUGGCAGCCCCUCAAUGUUCGAGCGGCUCCUUCAGCCGAGUUCUCAGUGGACCGCACACGUCACCUGAUGUCCUUUCUGACCAUGCUGGGUCCCAGUCCUGACUGGAACGUGGGUCUGUCGUCUGAGGAUCUUUGCACCAAAGAGUGUGGCUGGGUCCAGAAGGUGGUUCAGGACCUCAUUCCAUGGGAUGCGGGGACAGACAACGGGGUCACUUAUGAGUCUCCCAACAAGCCUACAACACCUCAGGAGAAAAUUCGUCCCCUCACAAGUUUAGACCAUCCACAGAGCCCUUUCUACGACCCAGAAGGUGGUGCAAUCACUCCUGUGGCCAGAGUUGUCGUGGAGAGAAUUGCCCGAAAGGGCGAACAGUGCAACAUUGUGCCUGAUAAUGUGGAUGACAUUGUGGCUGACAUUGCCCAGGAGGAAAAAGAAGAAGAUGACACUCCAGAGACAUGUAUCUACUCCAACUGGUCUCCGUGGUCUGCAUGCAGCUCCUCGACGUGUGAGAAGGGGAAGAGGAUGAGGCAGAGGAUGCUGAAGGCACAGCUGGAUCUCAGCGUGCCCUGUCCACAUACUCAAGACUUUGAGCCCUGCAUGGGGCCUGGCUGCAGUGAUGAAGAUGCUUCCACUUGCAUGAUGUCAGAAUGGAUCACAUGGUCACCAUGCAGUAUGUCAUGUGGUGCAGGUGUGCGUUCUAGGGAGCGCUAUGUAAAACAGUUUCCUGACGAUGGCUUUGCUUGCACCCAUUCCACUGAAGAGACAGAGCCAUGCACUGUCAAUGAUGACUGCUCUCCAAGCAGUUGCUUGGUUACUGAAUGGGGUGAAUGGGAUGCAUGCAGCGCCACCUGUGGGCUUGGCAUGAAGAGAAGGGAGCGGAUGGUGAAAAUGCCCCCGUCUGAUGGCUCCAUUUGUGGGGCUGAGGUGGUGGAAGUGGAGAGGUGUAUGAUGCCAGAAUGCCAUACAAUCCCAUGUUUACUGUCCCCGUGGUCAGACUGGAGUGAUUGCAGUGUGACGUGUGGUAAAGGCACACGGAUACGUCAGCGUAUGCUUAAAUCACCUGUGGAGUUGGGAGAAUGCAAGGAGGAGCUGGAACAGGUGGAGAAAUGCAUGCUGCCAGAGUGUCCGAUGGAUUGUGUGAUGUCAGAGUGGUCCGAGUGGUCAGAGUGCAGUAAAUCCUGUGGGAAGGGUCAUUUGAUCCGCUCACGCAUGAUCACUCUGGAGCCUCAGUUUGGUGGGGAUCUGUGCCCUGAGACCACACAGAGAAAAACAUGCAAGAUCAAGAAGUGUAAUCAAGGAGGAUUAAACAGUGAUGAGAGAAAGAGGCGCAAGGAAGACCGUAAGAAGAGGAGGAACAAACAGGGAAGGGAGGAGAGUGCCGACGAGCUCGCAGGAUGUAAAAUGAAGCCAUGGUCUGCAUGGAUUGACUGUACCAAGCUGUGUGGUGGGGGAAUCCAGGAGCGGUUAAUGACAGCCAAGAAGAGAUAUAAGAAUGCACAAGUAACUAGCUGUAAAGACCGAAAGGAGAUACGGGCCUGCAAUGUCCAUCCCUGCUAGGGCUGUACUGAAUGGGCUUGUAUGAUGGGACCCAAUCUAGAUUAUGAACAGACUGUGACACACUGUCUUGCAGUAUAUUUAAUGCUCUCUGUUUCGGGUUGGAAAGCUGCAACAGGUAGUCUGUUAUUUUUACUCUUAUUUUCUAAAAUGUAUUGUGACCCAGGCAUUGUCUAGCCUGUAAAGGAAUUGGAAACCAAGAGGGAGGGUGCUCAGAGUUGCAAUGUACUGUACAAAUUCAGAUUUAAUAUGCAUAAGUAUUUUAAGAGUAACAGCUCUCUGUGAAUCUUUGAAGAGGGGUAUUAUUUUGAAGAUUGAUUUUUCACAAGCAGGACCAUGUCAUAUUAAAGAUUAAUUCUGACAUGAAAUGCAAAACAAAUUUCUCCUUUUAUACUCUGUGAUCCAAUCACACACACACACACACACACACACACACACAUACAGAAAAAUAG